AUGCGCUCAAAGUUCAAGGACGAGCACCCCUUUGAGAAGCGCAAGGCCGAGGCCGAGCGCAUCCGCCAGAAGUACAACGACCGCAUCCCGGUCAUCUGCGAAAAGGUCGAGAAGUCGGACAUCGCCACGAUCGACAAGAAGAAGUACCUGGUGCCCUCCGACCUCACUGUCGGCCAGUUCGUCUACGUCAUCCGCAAGCGCAUCAAGCUCUCGCCCGAGAAGGCCAUCUUCAUCUUCGUGGACGAGGUCCUGCCUCCGACGGCCGCGCUGAUGUCGAGCAUCUACGAGGAGCACAAGGAUGAGGACGGGUUCUUGUACAUUACCUACUCUGGCGAGAACACCUUCGGCGAGGCCUGCUAG